CCACCCCGGGGCUCCCACAUUUCAGCAGGUGCCGGAGCCGGAGCUCCCACCACCGCCGCCGGUGCGGCUGCCUGCUCGCGCCCCUGCCCUAGGCUCUGCGCCCCACUCGCCCGCUCCCCCUGGGCGCUCCCGGGGGCCACUGCUUGCCCCUCCUGGUCGUGCCUCUCCCCAGUUUGCCCCACCUCGGGAUCUCCUCGUGGCUCCUCGGCUUUCUCGAGUCUCCAGCUCCUCGCCCUUCCACCUGUUCCCCCAGAAAGGCAGGAUCCUGGUCCCUGCGACGUUCUUGGGGCCAUGGCAGGCCUGGGCCCUGGCGGAGGCGAUUCGGAGGGGGGCCCCCGGCCCCUGUUUUGCAGAAAGGGAGCUCUGAGGCAGAAGGUGGUUCACGAAGUCAAGAGCCACAAGUUCACCGCCCGCUUCUUCAAGCAGCCAACCUUCUGCAGCCACUGCACCGACUUCAUCUGGGGGAUUGGAAAACAGGGCCUGCAAUGUCAAGUCUGCAGCUUUGUGGUUCAUCGCCGAUGCCACGAAUUUGUGACCUUCGAGUGUCCAGGCGCUGGGAAGGGCCCCCAGACAGACGACCCCCGGAACAAACACAAGUUCCGUCUGCACAGCUACAGCAGCCCGACCUUCUGCGACCACUGCGGCUCCCUCCUGUACGGGCUGGUGCACCAGGGCAUGAAAUGCUCCUGCUGCGAGAUGAACGUGCACCGGCGCUGUGUGCGCAGCGUGCCCUCUCUGUGCGGCGUGGACCACACGGAACGCCGCGGGCGCCUGCAGCUGGAAAUCCGAGCUCCGACUGCGGAUGAGAUCCACAUCACGGUCGGUGAGGCCCGUAACCUCAUCCCAAUGGACCCCAAUGGUCUGUCUGACCCCUAUGUGAAACUGAAGCUCAUCCCAGACCCUCGGAACUUGACCAAACAGAAGACCCGGACGGUGAAAGCCACGCUGAACCCUGUGUGGAACGAGACCUUUGUGUUCAACCUGAAGCCUGGGGACGUGGAGCGCAGGCUCAGCGUGGAGGUGUGGGACUGGGACCGGACCUCCCGCAACGACUUCAUGGGUGCCAUGUCCUUUGGAGUGUCUGAGCUGCUCAAGGCACCAGUGGACGGCUGGUACAAGUUACUGAACCAGGAGGAGGGCGAAUAUUACAAUGUGCCGGUGGCUGAUGCUGACAACUGCAGCCUCCUCCAGAAGUUUGAGGCCUGCAACUACCCCCUGGAACUGUAUGAGCGGGUGCGGAUGGGCCCUUCUUCCUCUCCCAUCCCCUCCCCAUCCCCUAGUCCCACCGACUCCAAGCGCUGUUUCUUCGGGGCGAGUCCUGGACGUCUGCACAUCUCGGACUUCAGCUUCCUCAUGGUUCUAGGAAAAGGCAGUUUUGGGAAGGUGAUGCUGGCCGAGCGCAGGGGCUCCGACGAACUCUAUGCCAUCAAGAUCCUGAAGAAAGACGUGAUCGUGCAGGAUGACGACGUGGACUGCACCCUGGUGGAGAAACGCGUGCUGGCUCUGGGGGGCCGAGGUCCGGGAGGCCGGCCCCACUUCCUCACCCAGCUCCACUCCACCUUCCAGACCCCGGAUCGCUUGUAUUUUGUGAUGGAGUAUGUGACCGGGGGCGACUUGAUGUACCACAUUCAGCAGUUGGGCAAGUUUAAGGAGCCGCAUGCAGCGUUCUACGCAGCAGAAAUCGCCAUCGGCCUCUUCUUCCUUCACAACCAGGGCAUCAUCUACCGGGACCUGAAACUGGACAACGUGAUGCUGGAUGCCGAAGGGCACAUCAAAAUCACUGACUUCGGCAUGUGUAAAGAGAAUGUCUUCCCCGGGAACACGACCCGCACCUUCUGCGGGACCCCAGACUACAUAGCCCCGGAGAUCAUUGCCUACCAGCCCUAUGGGAAGUCUGUAGACUGGUGGUCCUUUGGGGUUCUUCUGUAUGAGAUGUUGGCGGGACAGCCCCCCUUUGACGGGGAAGAUGAGGAGGAGCUAUUUCAGGCCAUCAUGGAACAAACUGUCACCUACCCCAAGUCACUCUCCCGAGAAGCCGUGGCCAUCUGCAAGGGGUUCCUAACCAAGCACCCUGCGAAGCGCCUGGGCUCUGGUCCGGAUGGGGAACCCACCAUUCGUGCUCAUGGCUUUUUCCGCUGGAUCGACUGGGACCGGCUGGAACAGCUGGAGAUCCCACCUCCCUUCAGACCCCGCCCGUGUGGCCGAAGCGGCGAGAACUUCGACAAGUUCUUCACGAGGGCGGCGCCAGCUCUUACCCCUCCAGAUCGCCUGGUUCUGGCCAGCAUCGACCAGGCCGAUUUCCAAGGAUUCACCUACGUGAACCCGGAUUUCGUGCACCCGGAUGCCCGCAGCCCCAUCAGCCCAGCACCUGUGCCAGUCAUGUAAUUCCCGUCUUCUGCCACUAGAUGUCCCCAUGGCUCCCUCUGCUGCGCAAGCCUUGGGCCCCACUUCACCGCCUCCUUUCGAAUUCUAGAUCCUGCUCCCCAGCAUUCUGGUCCCUACCCUUGGGUCCUAGGUGCCCCUUUCAGGUGUUCCUGCCAUUCUGAGCGCCACAGUCUCUGGAGCCUUCCCGUGCUC